UGUGUCAGGUUUUAGGCACAAAAACCACUUGGUUAGGGUUAGGGAAAUAUCAUGGUUUGGGUUAAAAUGACCACUUGAAACGUGAUGUAGGUUAAAACUACUACUUCAUUACAAAUCUCGCGAGAGUUUUCGAAAAUCUAGGGUUACAGGCUAGUCACAACCAGCCAAUCAGAUCACAGGAAAGGAAACACAGGUUUCCUAGCCUCAUGAACGACAACAACUCAAGUCUGAAAGACGAAGAGGAGAAGAAGCUUCCCCUAACGAUUUUAAUGAUUUAUGUUUCCAAGAUACAGCCUCAGUCUGCCGUAAGUUGCACUAAUGAAGCGUUCAAUGCACUUUAUGCUCUAAUUAAUCACUAAUUUAUAUCCAAGAGUUUGCAGUCAGACUAACGUGGCAUCUGUUCACUGAACUGCUCUGUCUUCAGCCACUGCUAGCACCAGGCAUUGGUGUGCGACUUUCCAGCGGAUGAGACUGACCCAUCACAAUGGAAACAGAAACAGAUGUUAUUCCUAUCUGGCAGAACAAGCCUCAUGGAUCCACCCGUAGCGUUGUGAGAAGAAUAGGUUCUACUCUUCCACUCAAAGCUCCACAAAGGGCAUGUUUCCAGGAACUGCCAGGCUUGUCCUCUCUUCGUCGUACGGAUGGCCCAAUGGUUCCUACCUUGGCAGACAUAGCCUGGAUUGUUGCAGAUGAAGAAGAGACAUAUGCGAGAGUGCGGAGUGACACUCGGCCUCUGAAACACGAGUGGCGGCCUACGCCUCUCUUGGUGCUCCACAGGAACUCGUCUGUGCCCAACUUCCGCCGUGAGGGUAAAAGGGUGGAGGGGCUAAGGAAGCCUGGGGUGACGGCGCUGAACCGCACCACUGCCCUGCAGGAUGAGCUGAGCAGACUCCGCGCACAGAUUGCAAAGAUCGUGGCAAAUGAUUCUGGCUCCAACCCCCUGACUCCUGAUCUGCUCUCCCCCGAUGACACGAGCAUGAGCUUUUCCAUGGCGCCUUUCGAGGCGGCGCCUUACCAGCCAGCCGCCUCGGCUGCUGCCUCCUUUGUCAUCAGUGAUGUCACAGAGGAGGAAGAGGAGGAGGAGGAGGAAGAGGAAGAUGAGAAGGACGUAGUCUCUGUGGUGUCAGAGCUGGUCCCCGACCCUCUUCCGCCUGUGUCGAUGACGGCGUCGGCGACCUUUGACCUGGACAGGCCCAGCAUGGACUUCCGGGAGGCAGAGGAGGAUACGGUGUCGCUAUCAAAGUCCACCAGCUUUGCUGACGUUAUGGACAUCCUGAAGGACAUGAACCGCAUGAAGAUGAGCAAAGACAGGUACAACAGAGGCUGUAUGUCCUUGAGAGAGGAAGACUCCGCCACUCUAAUUUCAGAAGCUCUGAGGAAAAAGUUUGUCUUGAAGGAAGAAGAUACUGCUGCUGUGAAACGGAAGUAGCCCGAUCAUGUGUUUAUCAUCAAUACCCGAUCCUGCUGCUCCAUGCCUUUGCCUGUGGAAUAUGUACCCAUGGACCACAACCUUGCUCCUCAGACCCAAGGCAAUAGCUGUCUGCCAGAGUUAGAAUAAAAAAACACUUUGUCCCAGACAUCCAAAACUAAAAGCGAACUUCACAGUGCUGGUGCAGCAUGAGGGGGGGGGACAGCCAGCUCUUUAUAACAAUAAUCAGUUUCAGCACUGCAUCGCAUAUUGCAUUCAGUCUGUUUCUCUUUGAAAAAGGCAUUUGUGUUUAAAUUUAUUUUGAUUAAUGACUCAAGAGACUGGUCCCACUGCUGUCCAGGAGUUUGAUCUGUGCCUGGGGUGCUAUGAUUAAAGAUACAUUAUUCAUUGUGUUAUAGCACGGCGCCGGAGGGGCUGACAUCUAAACCAUCAUAACAAAGUUUUGGACUUAAAUUAAGGAGCAUUUUAUUCAUCCUGCUAUGAAAAUAAUCCCACCUGAGUCUUUUUUUUUUUAAAUUUUCCAGAAGAGAUGCAAGUAAACAUUUUUUGUUGGUUUUUUCAGUUGGAUAAAGUUCUCUAACAUACUUGAAAAUAUAUUAUGUACAACUGAAAAAUGAUCUAGUGUACAUGCAGAGAGAGUACUGUAACUUAUCACAGUGUGUGUAUGGGGAAAAAUAACUAUUAAGAUUUGCAUUACAGUACUGAGUUUGCAAACAUGCAAAGCAUCAUGUAUGUUGCUUGCUCCACCUUACCUGUCAAAGCUGAUGUUAUAGCUGUCCUCUUGUUUGUUAUUAACAUACAGAUUGACAGUCACUGAAUUACAGGAUGCAGAUUUUUGAAACAAAGUGUAAAAGAUGUCUAAAAGGAGCAUGGACAUGAUGAUGAUAUAGUUUAAAGACUGAAGUGUGUGGUGUAUAAAUCUCUGGAAAUACUUUUUUGACAAAGUGAGAAUACUUUCUGAAGUGUGUGAGUGAAAUCUGCACCCAAAUUUUUUUGUUUUUCUAGUUAAGGCAACAACAGAUACAAGCUUGUGGAGGUCAAGUAGCAUGAGCAGCUUUUGAAGACUGAUAGAUUGCUGAUUUUUAGUUAAGGCAAAGACGACUGAGCUAUGUGUAAGAGUGCUUUUACGUGAUGCUGUAUGCAGAGUUUUCUGGGUAAAAUGCUUGUGUGAGUCAUGAUGAUGAAUAUUCUUGUUGACGCCUUACCACAGAUCUAUUGCCUGCUCAAAUGGCUGAUUUUAUUCCCUUAUUAGUUCCAAGUGCCACGGGUUUGUUUUAAUUGACCCACCCCUCGUUGCCUGCCCUCUUGUUUUUUUUUUCCUGAAUGUGCCCUCUAUUCUCAAUUUAACAUUUUUUUAGCACGAACAUACAAUUGAUGACUAUGUUAAGAACCAGUUAUGUGUGGUAUUGCUGAAUGUUUGUUCAAACAACCCCUCACAAAAAAAAAGGUCUUUCACGUCCACUCAUGUCACUCCCACUCUGUUUUUCAUCUGUAAUGUCGACAGGGAAUCCUUUAGUGUAGUUUUACGGUGUGAAAAGUUACUAUUAAGUUGUGUUUGGAUUGAACAAGAAUGUGCCCAUCUAUGUGUCCCUGUAUGCGGUGGAGUUGAUGUUUUGUCGUGCUAGGAUUUGCCCUCAACAAGUCUUUGGUCAUUUUCUCAAUAAUUAAUUUCCUCAUGUAAACAGAACUCUCAAGUAUAAGCAGCUGAGAAAAAUACUAUACGCACGGUUAAAUAUAUUCAUUGUAUGUCUGUACUAAAGAUAUCAAACCUUACACAGCAUACAAUACCAACUACAUCACUAGUCCUGAUAAUAGUGUAAAAUUUAGCUGAUGAGGAUUUUCCACAGAGAAUUUCUUAUCUUUGUUUUGAUUUUUUUUACUCUUGUCUAGUUUGAACGUUUCUCACCCUUAAAUCUCCAUGUGGGGUUGAGCCCACCACCAUGCACACCAUCUGUGUGGAGAGGGGUCUAUCUGCAGUCUUGCAGACUACAUGAGACACUUCACUACACAACUCCCCCCUGAUAUUCUUACCCUAACCCCCUCAAUCCUCAUGCCUAAACCUCACCAACACAGGACGGCUGCUCUGUGAAGUGGGUGUGUCAUGUAGUAGGCUGUCGUGUAGUACUGUGCAUCUGCAGAUGGACCUACUUGCCUGUAUGUUUAGUUUGUGUCAUGUAAGGACUUGUAAAUAAAGAUGGGCUGGUGUUUUGAAA